AUCGAGGGCCCUUAUUUUGACGUGGGCGCGACGCGACGUGGAAGAGACUUUCGCGGAGAAUUCUUUGAAAAGGAAGAACGCGGGAUUGUGUCGCGCGCGAGAGCUCCGGACGAAAGAACGGAAUGCCGUUGAAAAAGAAAGAUAGAACGGAAAAAACUCGCCGGGGAGCCUCGAGCGUAAAACGAAGGUUACGAAUGGAACGAGAUGCCUCGGAUAAUUAUACGCGUCCGCGAUUUUGAUGCGCGGACGUGACGUACCUCGUGCAAUUGAAAUAAUUCAAUUCCGUCGUGCGGAUCAACGUGGUUUAAAUUGUUGACAUCCGAGACACUCGUCGUGCGAAUCGUUCGGUAAAAAUACGCGACUGUACGCGUUAUUCGUUCGCUUAUAUACGCAUUUGUCUCAGAAAUAUGUUGUACUUUGCUCUCUCUUUUCGCUGUGGAGAUGGCCGACGCGGAUCCGCAGUUCAAGCGACUUUUACUGCCAGCGGAGGAGACUCUGUUCGAGCAGCUGUUGAGAUUCGGCCUCUACGUAGGUGCGAUGUUCCAGAUAAUGUGCUUGUUAGCUAUAGUCGUGUAUCAGGCCGGUCCGUCCGACGGUGUGGCAGCUUUGAAGGACGAUCCGAGCGACGUGGAGUGCUCUGAAAACAGUCCCCAGGUGACGCCGAGAAGACCUCACCGGCCGCGAAAGCAGGAGAAAAAGAAGAGGCGUUGAGAUGAUGUUUUUCCUCUGAUACAACUCAUUUCACGACCACCUUAAAGGCUGGGUCUUGAAAAUAAUUCCUCGGCUCAUCUAAGUUAUUUACUAAAUGGACAUUUUAUAUAAUGUGCAAUGUGUCAAUCUCUAAAGUAUAAUUUAUAAAGUAUAAUCCUACUUUUUAACCAUAUAACUCAUUGUCUGUUUUAACUUCAUGUAAAAUUAUAAAAGCGUUAUUUGUAUGUAAUAUUUUAUAAGAGAAUAAUAAUUAGCUUUUUACAUA